GUUGAGUUCGGUUCUGAUUGUUUUGUGUUUACGUUUCUAGAACAAUGUGUGGAACGUUGAAUGUAACUGCGUUCCUCGUUAUCAUCGCUGGAUUCAUUUUGCAGUCUAACGCUGCAAACACUUGGAAUUCAUGCCUCGUUUGCAAUUCAACAUCAAAUUCAGAUUGCACUUAUAAUCCAGAGAAUAUUGUAGCUCGAACAUGUGAUACUAUAGCGAAUAACUCCUGUUUCACACUUCUUGUCGAUGAUAAGCUCUAUCGUGGGUGUUUCAAUGAGAGUGACGAACUGUUUCAAAAGUACUGCAUGACAGUUGGAAAUAACACCGAAUGCUACACUUGUGAAAAUGGGGAAAAUGAUUUGACCGCCUGUAAUAAUGAAAUUUUUCUCAAACAUUCAAGAGCCAAAAGGAGAGGUGGUUAUCAUGAGAGUAGCGGUGGAACUGCGGAUGGUAUUGAAGUUCUUGUAAUUGCAAUUAUACUAUUCACUUGCUGUAGUGCUUUAAUUUGUUGUUGUCAUUUUUGCAAAAGUAAAUGGAAAGAUAGUGAUGGUGUCGUCAUUAGAACACCCGCACAAGUGAUUCAACAAACUCCAGAACAAGCUCCCAUACAAACGAUACCAUUGAGUCAACCAAUGCCGGUGUACGGUUAUUUGGCGCAACCAAAUACUACAGAACUACCAAGCGGGCAAACAAAUCAAGCAAAGUUUAAUGCGGAUUAUCCAUAUUCAUUGCAAACGUUUCCAUAUAACGAUAGCAUAAGCAGCAGUGCACGAUUACCAUAUGAUGUACCUCAAAGAGACUAUGUGCGAAUAAAACCAACGGCGCCGACGAUGGAAUAAAAUUAAAACCGAUUUUUCAUUGCAUCACUUUAUGUUGUCUAUAAAGUUCACAGUAAUUACUUGCAUACACAAAGGUGUGUAGUUUAUCAUAACCAUCGAGGUGAAACAAGUUUGACCGCUACAUGUUCUCGACUGUGGCACAAAUCGCAAACUCUUAUGUGUUACGUCAACAGAAGGGUUUGAUAGGGACUUCUUUGAACCGUGAAGAAUUGAGAAAAUGGUCCAUUGUGAACAAUUCCAAUCAAAAUGUAUUUCAAUGUGGGCUAGGGAUUAAAUGGAUAUCGAAAUGAAAUAGAGAAGAAAGUAUUCUUUUAUA